AUGCCCCGCUCCAAAAAAGACUCCAUAUCUCGACAAAAAGGGGAGAAGAACCCGAAUCGGUGUAAGCCCAAAUCUAAAGGAGGCUGCCAGAAAUGCAAGGAACGGCGACGUAGGUGUGAUGAAUCUAGACCAAGUUGUCGAGAGUGCGUGAGAAAGGGCUUUGAGUGCCCUGGAUAUCAGAAACGGCCUCUAGAAUGGCGAUAUGUUUUCCAAGACGCGGAGCAGGGCGAGGAUCAGCAACAAUUUCAGUUUGAAUCUCCGCCAACGGUGGAAGCAUCAUCGGCUCUCACUGUGGACUCAACAGAAGAUACCUGUGCGAGCAUAGCAGGUGAAGCGGAAGCCGCACACAGCAAGCAUCUACAGGAUCUUUGGGACGAGGCGAGCUCAACAAUCUUGGACCAACUUCCAGAACUUGACGCGUCUAUGAAUACCCAUUCAAAAGUAGACUUCAGAUUAAAUGAUGUGGCGGUUUUCAAACCAUCAUCACAAUCAGAUAGUCUGGCAACUCUGCACCGACGACUGGCAAAUACCGCGAUACCCUCAUUUCUCAUCCAUAUGCCAGCCAUUCUGGUCCAAUACUAUUUUGACUUUGUCUGCAAGGCCUGGUCCUCUUUUGACUCCCCUUUAAAUCCAUUUCGGCUCAUUGUCAGUCGUCUCUGGAGUCAAAAUGCAGCGAUAUACUAUGCCAUUCAAAGUAUGGCGGCGGCUUCGCUUGCAAAUGAUUUCCCAAGCAUGAGAGCAAUUGGAAUCCAAACACAACAGCAAGCAAUUGCAUGUCUUCGAAACAAUCCCCGCAUAGGCUCUCUGCAUCGUGAUGAUCACGAUGAUGAGUUUUUCCUCGCCCUUCUUAUGAUCGGGUUGACGACGGCCUGGCAUAACGCCUCGGACUUAGGAUUGGAGUAUUUAAAAGAGGCAAAGGACUACCUUGUGAAUCAGCAACAAAUGUGUCAGAAUCCUGAGUCUACGUUUGCGAAACAAUAUCCUCUCUUCCAGCAGUGUCUUCUGUAUUGGAACAUGAUGGCCGCCUUUGUGGCGGAAGACUCUCUGCUUCUGAAUGAAGAAAAAGUGUUAGAACGACCCGACACGGAAAUGUCGGUGUACCUGGUAGAUGGACAAACUCUUCCUCAUCCCUGGACAGGCCCACUUUCAAAAUCAAUUAGUCUUUUCUACCAAACCGCCAAAUUGAUCCGUGCUGCCCGCAUCUCUUAUCGCACCCGCGACGAAGAUCUCGACCUUGCAAACAUCGACUUCAACUUUCUCGUCGAAGAGUUCCAUCAACAUAGCACGGCCGAGCGAUUAGAAGAGGAGAUCUUAUUUACAGGCAUCUCUUCCUACUGCGGACCAGUCGACAUCGGCGACACAGACACCCCCCCAACACACUUCAUCACCCUGGCAGAGGCAUACCGCUGCACUGCUCUUCUUCAAAUCUACCACGUCUUCCCUAGCAUUCUAGCUGAGCGGCUCCAACGCGAAAAGUCAUCUGAGCACGAACCUUCCGUUCUAUUCUCACUUCUCUUUGGGACGGAUCCCACAUUACCUUCGGUAGAGGAAGCGCGUCGGGUACUGGCUCUCCAUAUAGUAUCGCUUCUUGAUCAAAUUCCUCCUACCUCUGGAACUAGAUGUAUGCAUCCUGUAGUUCUUACUUGCAUUUCGAGCGAUCUUGUGUUUUCAAAUCAGUCCCUUUUCGGACCUGCGGCGAAUGCCAUUGCUUGCUUAAGCGCAUUAGAUGUGGAAAUUGCUCAGGCUCGUCGCAAGGUUAGCAUGUGGUUAUCGGAACUCACAUUGAUUCUCCCAAAAUUGCGAUUGCAACGCAUGUCUCGCAUUGUGCACGAGACUUGGAGUAGAGCGGAUGCUGGAGUUGGUGAAUAUUGGCUGGAUAUAAUGCUUGAGCAUAAUCUUGAGACCAUGAUGGGAUAA